UUGACCCAAACAGGACUUGAAGGACCCGAAAAAAAUAUAGAGAAACAAACAGGGCUAGAAGAAGAGAAGUUCAGGGUUAUGAUCAAAACGACGCUGUUCAAGGUCACUCCCCUCUGCAACCAUUGCAGAAACCGCAUACCUUGUUCGUUGCAUCAAUUAAGAAAUCAAAGUUAUGCGCUUAACCAGUCCAAUAGCAAAUUGCGUCGCUCUUCUCCACCGCAACUCUCUCCCACCACGAUUCCUAUUCGCACGCCAUCAUUCACAUGCCAAUUUGUUCGUCGCAGGACUUUCCCACGAUACCAAUGAAACUGUUCUGAGAGAUGCAUUUGGGCAACAUGGGGAAAUCCUCGAAGUUAGAGUUAUAUGUGAUCAUGUGACUGGGAAGUCAAAAGGGUAUGGAUUUGUUCGGUUUACUUCUGAAACUACAGCUGCCACAGCUCGCCAUCAAAUGCACGGCCAGGUGUUAGAUGGCAGUCGCAUUCGAGUGAGUUGUGCCCGCAAAGUGUGGCCACCAAAUCUAUCAAGCAAUUCACAAGAUGUUACAACAUGUUGAAACUGCUUCAGUGUGUGUGAAAGCUAGAGUUUAGACUAAUUUGAUUUUGGGAAAUUGUUUCUUGAUGAAAAGCAAGUUUGAAGUCAUUUGAUUUCAGAAGAGUAAUGUUUGAAUACCUCUCUCUAACUAAGGGAGAUCUAGAACUACAAAUUCCCAAUCGAAAAUCAUGAUCAAAGCUUUGCUAGACAAUCAACUACCUAAUUAGCCUCGCUCAAAACAUAUUGGAACCGUAUCUUCCUAUCUUUCUUUCUCCAAUCCUGGAUUUCAAGUAUGCAUAUGUUGUUCUGCAUUAUUGAUCAUGUUGAUGACUUCCAAGGAGUCGCUUUCUAUAACCCUGCAAAUCAUAUAAGAGUUGCUUGAUUCUUACAUUCA